UUUUGACAAUGAAUGACAUUUAUUUAUUUAUUUAUGUUUUGUUUUAGGCAAAAAAGUACAAUUUAAUUAAAAAUUAUGUCCCUUGAACAAACGGCUUGCGAAGAAAUUGUUGCAGAUUUGAAGGCUUUCGAACGCAGACUUACCGAAGUUAUAGCUUGUUUGCACCCCUCGACUACCAGAUGGAGAAUCGUCCUUGCAGUAGUGUCGGUGUGCGUGGCGACCGGAGGCAGCCAAUGGAUUUUCGAUCCGGAAACAAGGAUUGUGACGUUGUCACAAUCGCUGGCCAAUCAUCCUUUCUUCAUUUUGUCGACCGUCAUUCUCGUAAUAAUCCUGCUCCUGGGCGUCCACAAGCGAGUGAUCGCCGGCUCGAUAAUCACGUCGCGCACGCGCGAAGUCCUGAGGGACUUCAACAUGUCCUGCGACGACACUGGAAAACUCAUCCUGAGACCGAGACCCGCUACCUGACACAUUUCACUUUCCAAUAAUCAAUAAAUAUCAAUUUUCCAAUAA